ACAACAGAGCAGGGAGCGAGGCUCUCUGACAUCCGGCCAGGUCGCUGGUACCAGUUCAGAGUGGCAGCUGUCAACACCCGCGGGACCAGAGGUUUCACCACGCCCAGCAGACACAUCCACUCCAGCAGAGACCCCUCCAGUCCUCCAGCUCCCUCUGAGCUCAGAGUGGCAAACAUGAGCUUUGGCAGCAGCAGGGCAGUGUCGGCCAGGCUCCAGUGGAGCAUGCCUGCUGACCCGGACGUCCCCGUCCACCACUACAAGGUCAGCUGGAGCUGGACGGCAGUGGGACAGCCCUUCUCUUCAUCCCUGACCAAGAGGAGGAAGACAGUCAGAGAGAGGCAGGUGGACCUUGACAGCAUGCGGGCUAACAGGAGCUACAGUGUGGAGGUCCAGGCUGUGUCCUACUGGGGACAAACUCAGCUCAAAGGACCUCGGGCCGUCCUCCACUUCACCACACAACACAGCACCAGUGCUGCUCCAAGAAAGCCCGCAGGUGACAGUCUGGAUGUGGGAACACCAUUCUACCAGGACGGACAGCUCCAGGUUCAUGUCUACUGGCAGAGCAGCACAGAUCCCUCCGCUGACUUCUACAGAGUCCAGUGGGGACCGGAGUAUUGUGGACACAACAAGACGAAACCCAUGGAAAAGACAACCACGCAGGAGACCUUCGCCAACCUGCGGGGCUUGCGCUUUUCCUGUAAGUAUAAAGUCGUUCUGCAGCCAGUCAGCAAAAGGAGUCAUCCUCUGUCAGAAAGCACCAGCUUCUUCACUCCUUCGUGCGCCGCCAUCCAGGCCAGGAGUCCCAAACCCAUCACCUGUCCUGGAGAAACAGGAGUUUCCCCCCAGAAGGUCCUGGUGAAGGCAGCCAAUCUGACAGCGUCUUUUAAGGUGUGGGGCAGCAACGUGACAGCCGUCUUCAGCUGGGAUUUGUCCACAGCCCCGCCCCGCCAGCAGCUGACAGGAUACCAGGUGACCUGGGCUGAGGUCAUCCCCACCCAUCGCCACAAGACCAACAAGUUGCCUCACAGCCUCAUAUCGCAGUCCCAGAUCCUACCUCCGGAUGGUAAUGUUCUGGUGGUGCCCGGUCUGCAUGCUGCCAGUCUAUACAGACUGGAGGUCCAGGCGAUCACAGCAGAGGGGGAAGGUCCUGCAACCAGCCGAACCUUCCAGACCCCUGGACACCAAAGCACCUUGACGUCCAGACCCAAGCCGAGGAAGCACUACCACAAACAGCCAGUCAUUGAGAGGCACUGAGCCCAGAGAGCCAAUCAGCCUGCAGCAGGACUCCACAGAACAGUGAUCAAGAUGAAUUCUCAUAACAGCGAGCAACCAUUUUAUUCCCACAAUGCAAUAUCUUCCAGCGGACUGUAGCUUUUCCAUACUACAGAGACCAUCACUGACAAGACUGGAAGCUUUUACUGGCCUCUACACUUUAUUUCACA